AUGGCUCUCCUACUCAAUCAUCCAGAUGCGUUAAACAAAGCUAGAGAAGAGAUAGACAUUCACGUUGGACAAGGAAGAUUGAUGGAAGAAUCAGAUCUCUCCAAAUUGGGGUACCUUCAAAAUGUCAUAUCUGAGACCCAUAGAUUGUACCCUGCAGCUCCACUCUUGCUACCCCAUAUGACAUCAAGUCAUUGUCAAGUGGGAGGAUUUGAUAUACCAAAAGGCACCAUGUUGUUGAUUAAUGCAUGGGCUAUUCACAGGGACCCUAAGGCAUGGGAUAACCCUACAAGUUUUAAGCCAGACAGAUUUAAUAGCAAAGAAAAUAAUAAUUACAAAUUAUUUCCAUUUGGGCUUGGAAGGAGGGCAUGUCCUGGGAGUGGUCUAGCCAACAAGGUGAUGGGUUUGACUUUAGGGUUAUUAAUUCAAUGUUAUGAGUGGAAAAGGGUUAGUGAGAAAGAAGUUGAUAUGGCGGAAGGGCUAGGACUCACCAUGCCUAAGGCUGUACCAUUGGAGGCCAUGUGCAAAGCUCGUGAUAUCAUCAAGAUGGUUGUUUGA